UGGGCAGAUUUGUGCAAAUCUUUCAUACGAGAAGCAAGAUGGUACUACAGUGGAUAUGUGCCAACUCUGAAAGAAUACAUGGACAACGCAUGGAUCUCAAUUGCAGUUCCUAUGGUAUUAGUCCAUGCAUUUUUCCUCGUCACAAAUCCAGUUCCCAAAGAGGCAUUGGAAUCAUUAAGCAAAUACCCUGACUUAAUUCGCUGCUCUGCUACAAUUUUUCGUCUUGCCGAUGAUUUAGCGACAUCAUCGGUAUGCUUUUAAACCUUUAUUCUCUCAUAUAAAAUUAAUUUAUACGACUACUGAUUUAUAAUUAUAAACAAUAUUUGUGUCUCAUUUAUUUAUUUAUUUAUU